AUGAUUCCAGCACGUAACUUUGUGACCUUUGAGGUGGACGAUAAGAGCUGCUUCGAAGUACCCGCUUCCUCUAUACAAAAUGUGCAACUCGACCGUAUGAAGAAGCAGGAAUUGGUUAUCGAGUUCAAGGGCGCCGAUGCCAAGCAAUUCUACAAAGCCCUGUCCAAAAUCACCAAUCAAGGAGCGAAGAAGAGCAAGGCAAUUGCUAGCUUCCCCGACAUGACCUGCAAAACCCCCAGAGGCCGAUACGAAAUGGAGCUGUACACGGAUCACGUACAUCUGCACGGUGCGAAGUACUCGUACAAGCUGCACCACAAGGCCAUCCAACGCAUCUUCUUGCUGCCCAAACCCGAUCUUUUCUCGGUGUACUUAGCGAUAUACGUAUCACCCGCCAUCCGCCAAGGGCAGACCUCAUAUCCAUUUUUUAUAAUGGAAUUGCCCAGACCGCGCGACGGCUUGGAAGACGACGACAAAAUUGAUGUGGAAAUGAACAUGGACGAGACCGAGCUCGCCAAAUACGAUGGCCUGAACAAGAUCAUGUCUGGCCCACUCUUUGAAGUGUUGAGUCGGGUGCUCAAGAUUCUGUCCGGCAAGAAGAUCACCGUGCCGUCCACUAACUUCCAGAGUAAAAUCAAUCUGGGCUCGCCGUGCAUGUCCUGUUCGCUGAAGAAUGAAACGGGGCUGCUGUACAUACUCGAGAGUGCGCUGAUGUUUGUGCUUAAGCCGCCGACCUAUGUGCAUUUUAAGGAGAUCUUGAUGGCUGAGUUCGACCGUCAGGGUGGUACAACCUCACGCACUUUCCGACUAAACAUUGAGACGAAAACAAUGGGCACCCACACAUUCUCCAAUAUUACAGCGGAAGAAUACAACAACUUAAAAACGUUCCUGGUCGAGAAAAAGGUCAAUGUGGAUGAAUUGGCACAAGCGGACUACAACUACGCUGCUCUGGGCAACCAACAAGUGGGAACCGACCACUACGCCGAGAGAAUGAAGCAGGAUGGUGAUGAGGGUUCUUCAGGAUCAUCAGAAGACGAAGACUUCGCGCCAGGCCAGGAAUCCGAUGUGGAAGAAGAAUACGAUAGUGAAGCAGGUCAAGGAAGCAGCGGAGGUGAUAGCGAUGCGAGCAGUGAUGGGGGCGAGAGCGAUGACAGUACUAACAAGAAACCGAAGAAAUCAAAGGCCACUGCGAAGAAGGAGAAGUCGCCCUCGGCGGCAAAAAAGAGAAAGUCCAAAGGGAAAGUGGACCCAAACAAACCCAAAAGGCCCGCUACAGCGUACAUCAUAUUCUCGGCCGAUAAGAGACCAGAGAUGCUGAAGGAGUAUCCGGGGCUUUCCUUAGGCGAUUUCUCGAAGAAACUUGGUGAUCUCUGGAAAGAAACAAGUGAAGAGGACAGGAAGCCCUACGUCAAGCAAGCCGCAGAAAAGAAGAAAGAAUACGAAAUAGCAAUGGCCAAAUACAAAAUCGAUCAUCCGGAAAGCGACAAUGAAUCAGGUCCUAAAGCCAAGAAAUCAAAGGCCUCCAGCACGCCAUCAAAGCUGAAACAAACAAAACUCACAUCAUCGAAGCCCGCAAGGAAUUCAAGCACGCCGAAUGAUAAGAAGGUGUAUUCAGCGGAAUUCAUCGAAGAUUCAGACGAUAUGCUUAGCAACUAGGUACGUUAGUAUACAUCAUCGACGAGAAAUAAACUGCUCUAAUGUUGACGUACCUAUGCCUAACUAUUAAAGGAAAUAACAAAAAC